AGCUGCAGCUGUUUUUCUCAGAAGCUGGGGGCAUAGCAAUUUGUCCCCAGGCAGAUGCCAAAUGAGAAGCUUGCGCAUGGGGCGCAUGGAGAUCUCCAACAUAUGGAUUGGACAAAGGCUAUGGGAAAUCACCAGACAGAGGAGCAGCUGCGGGCCUUUCUGGCUGAAUAUCCAGCAGAUCUGCGCAGAAAGGUCCAGGAGAUGCGACAGGCAUUGGAGAGCGCAGACUACGAGCGGCUUCAGGAAGCUGCGCAGCAGGUCAUGGGAUCUGCGUCCUUUGUUGGUGCAAUGCGGCUCCACGAUUUCGUGUCAGACCUUGUGGAGGCGCUCGACCUGGACUCUGCAAAAGUGUCAAUUGCAGACAAGACGGCAAAGGCAGCUGAAGAGGCUGAAGAGCUGGAGAGGGAACUUGUCAAAGCUGGAUUCACCCAGGACUAUGACAUGCAAAAGAUAUGUCUAAAAGAGGAGAAUCCGACCAAGGCGGAGAACGGCGCGUCCAAGAAGGGCCAGGCUUACUGCGCCCUGCUGUAGCUCAAGGUUCGCUGCGCGCAAGCAGCCCCUUAGUGACAGCUGAAGGUGCCGGAGCUGCGAUAGCGUCGGAGAAUCGGAGAAUCGUUUAGGAUACAGAGAUAGCAUGGGAUGGAUGAUGGAUGCUAC